GAGACAGACCAGUGAGUUUGAUGCUGCCGCAUUGAGGCAGCAUUGCUCGAGUCACGCCGCUGCGCCUCCUUCACAGCUGCGCCACCAUCUCUGUGGAAAAGGACAGGAGUGCAUUGUAUCGAUUCGGCAAGUGGUGUGUCCAAUUCUCUUGCCUCUAGAUCAUAGUCGUCGGGCGUCAAGGGAUCGGCAUCUAUUUGGUAACAGGCAGACGUUCUGUUCGCCCGGAGUCUCAGUACGGUGGCAAUAAUGGCGGGGCGCGUGCUGCUUUCCCCGCUGCCGUUGAUUGCAGUCCUUUUGCUGCAUAUCGGUCUGGCGAGAGCCGCGACUACCAAUCCGGGAGUGGAGUCAUUAACACGUAUCACUCUGCCCCUCACCGAGAUUCGUACGCCACCUAUCAACUAUCCAAGGGUCUAUGCAGUUAAUGUGACCCUUGGAACGCCCGGGCAACCACGGACCCUCGUAGUUGAUGUGAACAGCCAGAUGACAUGGACACACUCCUACAAAACACCCGCUUUCCCGGCUGUGAAGAACAAGAUUAAUCCUCCAUUUUAUACGGCGAACUCGUCCUCUGUCAAAUUUACGGGAUGCAAAACCGACGAAUGCUCUGCGGCGCACUAUAUCUCCACGUCGCUUGCGCCCGAAGAAUUCUGCUUGGCUGAUGACUGUGGAUACAAUGUUACUCUUCAGAUAGACGAUAACGAUGUUAUGCAAUACACAGCGGGGGUUCUCGGAAGCGACGUGUUGGGUAUCGGCGGUAACAAGAUGGUCUCUUCUGGGCCCCUCGGAUUCAGCUUCGUCACGGAAGGAAGAUUUGCGAACCUGACAACCGACGGAGUGCUGGGUCUUGCCAUGGUCAAUACUUCCACCCUGUCAUCCUUAGUGAAGCUGUACAAUAUUCCCAAGACAAUAAGCAUAUGCAUCGAUGGAGCAGCCGGAGGGGUGUUAUCCCUCGGACAACUGCCGGUCGCUCUCGAAGGCGAGACUCUGAAGUACAUGGCCCUCGUCGAUACAACAGACGUGCUCGUGGGAUUCGAUAUGUACGCUGUUAACGUGAGCGGAGCAGCUGUGACGGGCUUCGCGAAGACCAAGCCUUUGAAUUAUGUCGGUGUUCUCAACACAGCGGUCGACAUGACCUUUGUGCCCCUCGAGAUGUAUUCGGGUCUCCUCACGCUUCUUAAGGAGAGCGCUUCUGUGCCGACGUUCGACGUUCAAGUCCCGGGCAUGAACAUUACCUGCUACAAUGCUCCGAGCUGUGACGUGACGUACCUGCCGACGGCGACGAUCGACCUGGCAAACGUGACUCUUACGGCGACACCGCAGGACUACACCUUCUCUAUUCCAACGGAGAACGGUCAGUGUGUGGUGUGCUUCAAUAUCCUGCCUUGGGGCUUUGACAACGCGAUGAUGAUCGGAGCCAACUUUCUUAAGAAGACGUGGAUGAUCAUCGACGCCGAGAAGAAACGGGUUGCCUUCACGAACAGCAAGCCCUGUAAGUAGCGAACGGGCUGAAUACUACUCUUGCGAUCUCUACCGACAUUCUUCUUUUUGGCCGCAUUGUGUUUUGUCA